AUGGCUUCAUCUAAUACAUUACAAAAAGCUAUUGAUCUUGUCACUAAAGCGACUGAAGAAGACAAAAACAAAAAUUAUGAAGAAGCCCUACGACUUUACGAACAUGGCGUAGAAUAUUUUUUGCAUGCAGUUAAAUACGAAGCGCAAGGAGAGAGAGCUAAAGAAAGUAUUAGAGCAAAAUGCUUGCAAUAUUUAGACAGAGCUGAAAAACUUAAGGAGUAUCUCAAAAAGGAUCGUAAGAAGAAACCAGUUAAGGAUGGGGAAUCAAACUCUAAGAGUGAAGAUAAAAAGAGUGAUAGCGACAGUGAUUCUGAUGACCCAGAAAAGAAAAAGCUACAAGGAAAGUUGGAAGGAGCAAUUGUGGUCGAGAAACCUCAUGUGAAGUGGAGUGAUGUAGCUGGACUUGAAGCGGCUAAGGAAGCUUUGAAAGAGGCUGUCAUCCUACCAAUUAAAUUCCCACAUUUAUUUACAGGCAAAAGAAUCCCGUGGAAGGGAAUAUUGCUUUUUGGCCCACCUGGUACUGGUAAAUCUUACUUAGCUAAAGCUGUUGCUACCGAAGCAAACAAUUCUACGUUUUUCUCUGUCUCCUCAUCUGAUCUUGUAUCUAAAUGGCUUGGAGAAUCAGAGAAACUAGUGAAGAAUCUAUUUGAGUUGGCAAGACAGCAUAAGCCAAGUAUAAUAUUCAUUGAUGAAAUUGACUCCCUUUGCUCAUCCCGGUCGGACAAUGAAUCUGAAUCAGCUAGAAGGAUUAAAACUGAGUUUUUAGUGCAGAUGCAGGGUGUUGGUAAUGACAUGGAUGGUAUCUUAGUACUUGGAGCUACUAAUAUACCUUGGGUUCUGGAUUCUGCUAUAAGGAGGAGAUUUGAGAAACGUAUUUAUAUAGCUCUCCCUGAAGAACAUGCUCGUUUAGAUAUGUUUAAACUGCAUCUAGGUAACACCCGACAUACACUGACAGAACAAGAUAUGAAAAUGUUAGCUACAAAAUCUGAUGGCUACUCAGGAGCUGACAUUAGUAUUGUUGUUCGCGAUGCUUUGAUGCAGCCCGUGCGAAAGGUCCAGUCUUCAACACACUUUAAGAAAGUUUCUGGGCCUAGCCCCACUGACCCUAAUGUGAUUGUGAAUGAUCUUUUAACCCCUUGCUCACCAGGAGAUGCUGGAGCUAUGGAAAUGACCUGGAUGGAUGUACCAAGUGACAAACUUGCUGAACCGCCUGUAACUAUGUCCGACAUGCUUCGAUCCCUCGCAACAUCCAAACCCACUGUCAAUGAUGAUGACAUGAUUAAAUUGAAGAAGUUCAUGGAAGAUUUUGGCCAGGAAGGAUAA